AUGGCGAAGGACUCAACCGCUCCUUUAGCUGGACCAUCUCGGCACCAGAACUCCAAAAAGUCGAAGAAGGGCUCAAAAUCCCAAAUCCGACCGGCCAAAGUCAAGAAACUUACAGAGAAGCAAAAAUUAGAAGCUCUCGAGGGUGAUGUUCUCAACUUUGUACCACCCGACGAUCUGAAGACUUUCGCAGACCUUCCGAUAUCUGAGCCAACGAAGAGAGGGCUCAAGAAAGCCUUUUUCGUCGACAUGACGGACAUUCAGACGAAGAGCAUCCCGGUGUCCCUCAAAGGAAAAGACGUCCUCGGUGCAGCUCGUACAGGCAGCGGCAAAACGCUCGCUUUCCUGGUCCCCGUUCUAGAGAUUCUGUACCGUCGGAAGUGGAGUGCAAUAGACGGUUUGGGUGCACUCAUUGUGUCGCCAACGCGAGAGCUCGCAGUGCAAAUUUUCGACGUCCUGCGCUCAAUAGGCGGUUAUCACACCUUCUCUGCCGGUCUAGUUAUUGGUGGCAAGAACCUGAAGGACGAGAGCGAGCGUCUCUCGCGAAUGAACAUCCUCGUCGCUACUCCUGGUCGAUUGCUGCAGCAUAUGGAUCAGACGGUCGGGUUCGACGCGGACAAUCUUCAGGUGCUAGUCCUCGACGAAGCCGACCGAAUACUGGACAUGGGCUUCCAAAAGACCCUUACCGCCCUCCUCAACCACCUCCCGAAAUCCCGCCAAACCCUUCUCUUCUCUGCGACACAAACUGAGUCCGUCUCCGACCUAGCACGACUAAGUCUCAAAGACCCGGUCCAGAUAGGACUCAAAGACACCUCAGCUGCCUCCCUCUCCACCAUGCCGCAGAAUCUCGAACAGCAUUACCUCCUCGUUGAACUGGACAAGAAGCUCGACGUCCUGUGGAGCUUCAUCAAGACGCACCUCCAGUCCAAGGUCAUUGUGUUCAUGUCGAGCUGCAAGCAGGUCCGCUUCGUCUUUGAGACAUUCUGCAAGAUGCACCCCGGUAUGCCGUUGCUUCAUUUGCAUGGGAAGCAGAAGCAAUCGGCGAGGCUGACGAUGUAUCAGCGAUUCACGUCGAGCUCGCACGCGGUGCUGUUCGCGACUGAUAUUGCUGCUCGAGGGCUAGAUUUCCCUUCCGUUGACUGGGUCGUGCAAUUGGAUGCCCCGGAGGAUGCUGAGACGUAUAUUCACCGUGUUGGUCGAACGGCACGGUAUCAGAGCAAAGGCAAAGCCCUCUUGUUCCUGUUACCCAGCGAAGAAGAAGGCAUGAAAGCAGCGCUGUUGAAGAAGGGUAUAGAGCCGUCGAAGAUCAAAAACCGCCCCAGCAAGACCCAGAAUAUCCAAAACCAGCUUCAGAACCUUGCGUUCCAGGAUCCAGAGAUCAAGUAUCUUGGCCAAAGGGCUUUUGUAUCUUACCUCCGAUCAAUAUACCUGCAGAAGGACAAGAUGGUAUUCAAGCUCGAUGAACUCCCUGUCGACAAGUUCGCGGAAUCUCUUGGGUUGCCUGGAACACCGAAGAUCAAGUUCCUGAGUAAGGCCGCUGUCAAGCAAAGAAAGAACGUGUCAAGGACUGUUCAGACUGCUCAAGCUGAUGUGCAGAAAGAGAAGGAGGAGAUAGGAAGUUCCAGUGACGAGUCAGCGCUCGAAUCUGACGGUGGCAGUGAAGACCCUGGAUCGUCGGAAAGUGAGGGAGAGGAAAAGAAAACCCCUUCAACAGCGCCGAAGGUCCGCACGAAAUACGAUCGCAUGUUCGAGCGGAAAAACCAAAAUGUUCUCUCAGCCCACUACUCAAAACUCAUUGAGCCUUCACUCGGCGCCAGCCCCGAGUCUGAUGACGAUUUCAUCACCCUCAAACGUGCCGAUCACGACCUCUCCGGCGAUGAAGCAAAACUCCCUCUCGACUCCACAACCGAGCUGUCGAAGCGCAAACUAAAGCUCUCCAAAACCAAGCGAAUGGUUGCGCAGGCGGGCACGAACAAGAAGCUGGUGUUCGAUGAUCAGGGCAACCCCCACGAAAUCUACGAGAUGGCGGACCCGGAUAAGUGGUACGAGGAGAAGGGCGGCUUGACCGGGGCGAAGGAGGAAGGGAAGACGUUCGCGAUGGGCGAGAAUGCAAAGAUGCGUGUGGCGGACGUGUUGGAUAAGCAGGAGGCGAGGGAGAAGAAGAGGGAGAAGAAAAGGAAGAGAAAGGAAAGGGAGAAGGAGAUGACAGAGCCGCAAGCGUUUGCUGAACUUGACCCCGUAUCUGAAGACGAUGGCUACGUUUCGCCAGAGUUCGACCUGCCUGAUCUACCUUCCGGCGAGGACGAAGAUACCCCUCCCCAUCCUUCAAAACGGGCCAAGUUUGGUCAUCCUCAAAGCUCGAAAGAUAGGAAGCACGGUAUUGACAUAGAUACCGGAUUGGAAGAUGAGGAGGAGCUGGCUUUGCGUCUCCUAGGAAGGAGCUAA